AUGACGGAUGUCGCACAGCUUUUCGAGGAGUUAGAUCGCCUGCGUGACAGCGCACUGGACGGGGCGGCAGGCGGGAAACAGGAGAAUACCCGGCUGCUGGAUGUCCUGUUCGAGAAAUUCACGGGUAAUUUGGACGCCGUCUUGGAAUCAUGGCACCAGCGCAUGGCUGCGCUGGAGAGCCAACUGAUGGCGAUAAAGACGACCAAGGGAAAUAAUAUUGACUCCGAAGUACUACAUACCAGACGAGGCGUCUCCCAUGAAGACUACGGUCGCAAAAAUAUCAACAACAAUGCUCAUGCUGUGGCUGUCGAAAAUAAAAAAUAUUGCAAUCAUCGUGAUGGGCUUGUUCGUCGCGCUACCACCCGAUCCACAGCAGCAGAACAGGCCUCGCAACCGAAUCAGCACAGUCACCAGACGCAGAACUUUCUGUUUUACGAAUCCGCAUUUGGAGGGCAACAUGAGGGCCAACGACAAGUGCAGGGUCCUUCUAGUACUCUAGUCGUGCGUCGCGACAGCUCCGAAAAUCCGCGAAGCUCCUUCCCACAGCAACCGCCGCGUUUCCGCACACGGUCGACUGGAAUCAGUAGGCCUGCUUUUCACUUUGCCGCUGCGACAGAAAGCUCGCGCAGCCGCCGGGAAACCAUAGCGGAGGAAGUCGCGAAGGUCGCGACAGUGGAGUCCCGUCCUCCUCCAGCACAGGCACGACCAACAAAUAGAAUGCUGAAGCCAUCGUAUUCCUGUCCGGGCCCGCCAUCAAUAAGUGCCACAGCGAGUAGAAUUUCUCCGAUUGCCGGGCUUGGGGAUGGUCAACCUCAACACGAUCCUGCUCCUGGCUGCUCUAGUGGGGAAAUGGGACGACAACCGAAGGAAAUCAGGACCUUCGCUGCAGCUACGUAUAAUCGGCCAACGUUUAUUUCUGAAGUUUUUCGUCCACCUGCACGUUCCUGGCUUCCGCCCGAGCAGCUGCCCAUGAACAAUUUUCUGACCGCCAGAAUGGACCGAGUCCGAGAUGACCGCAAAAUACUACGGCAAAGAAGCAGGAGCAUUCAAGAUCGGUGCAAAAAUCUGCUGCGGCUAGAGCCACACCUGCAGCAUGUUCAUGUACAUGGCACUGACAGAGGUAGGGAUACGUAUGGCGCCGAAACCCUUGGCUGCCUGCCGGCGGAACAACAAGAUGUCGAACAACUACGGAUAAAGCACGAACUCAUUUACGCGGAGGAGGUCCGUCAAAAGCGGGAGUACACAAAAAAGAUGCGACGGCUUCAAGAAACGUUCUGCUCACCCUCGACGAAAGCGAGCGGAGCAAGCGGUAGAGGUUCUACUUCCACCUCGUCUUCAACAUCGACCGAUGCAACCAAGCUCAAAAAAAUGCCGCAACCUUUCGCCUUCACCGGGCUAUCACACAAAACUACACGACACACCAGGAAAAACACAAAUUUGCGUUGCAGUUGUUGGUGUCACAAAGACAAAACUAGCCUCUUUUUGGCCUACAGAUUUUCUUGCCACCUCGUUUUUAGUCGCUAACUUGCAUCACGAACUGCAUUCCGCAGCAGGCCAGCACAUCAAGAUUGCCGGUCAUCUUGUAGUCUCCGCGUCACAGAGUGAAGAAGACUUCUGAGACAAUUGCAACUACAACUUAAUUUCUGGUUGUAUGGGUGUCAUUUUCCCCAUGAUACGGGCUGCAGCAAUUUGAUGCCGCCUUCGCCCGGCUCCACGAGUCCUUCGGCAUCAGAAUGGACGCGGUCCGCGCGGCCCUGCACCACGCAAAAACGACGGCCGCCAGCGUGAAGCACGACGAACGCAAAGUGCUCCAGAAGAUCGACGCUGCGUUGACAAAAGCCGCCGAAAUGGCGACGAAGAAGUACCUAUCAAAUGUAGGAGUGUCUGGGUCUGGAAGAAUUCAUGUCUGUCAUGCUUGUCUGGCAUGACUCUUAAAUCUGUCAUGCACGUUACCCAAGAGCUCCGUUUUUCUGUGAUGCAGAAGCGCAGUUUGUCAUGCAGAAUAGGCAACACCUAGGAGCUCAGAAAUUUGUCAUGCUGAGCCAGCAUUUGUAGCCUCAUCAUGAGACGCCACCCAGCGUCACAAGUUUCCAGACCCAGACACUUUUGCUUUUGAUAGUACCUGGCUUGCCCGCAGAUAUACGAGAAAAUCCAUCUGCGGGAGGAGUUGAAGUAUCAACAUAUGCAUUGCAAAAGUAACGUACUAGUAAAUUAAUUGCAUUACAAAUUUUAGCAAGAACAAAAGUGAAAUUUGUAAUGCUGUUUUAACUUAGGAGGGAGAUUUGUCAUGCAUAUUUGCAAUUAGUACGAGUGCGAUACUUUUGCACUUGAUACAACUCCAGGCGAAGCAAUUCGAGAAGUCCAAGGAAAUGUUGAAUACAACGACGCGAGGAGGUUCUACUUCAUCUCCAACAAGCAAAAAUGAUCGGACGUCGAUUAUGUCGGGCGAUUUCUUCUUUGGGAAGAGCCAAAAGUUCCAAGAACAACUGCAUCAGGAAGUAGAUCAAGGUGAAGAAGCCGACGCGCAUGCCGAAAUGCUGACACUGCAAAAACUAGCCCGUGACAUACUACAUUUCUGCGAAAAUACUACGCAGGAAGUAGGGCGAGCUAUCACCUGGGGCGGUCUGCCUUACGUCGAAGUGCUUCUUCUCGAGUACAUGUAAAAUGAUUUAGAAACAACGGCAAAAAGAAUAAGUGAAAUGUCAAAGCAGUGCUGUGAUUUUUUGUUAUUUCCGGCACUUUUCUGUCGUAAGAAAAAAAGAAUAAGAAAUGAAUGCACUUGCCGCAACAAGAUCGAGACGCUUGUUUCUUCUUGUAUGAUUCAUUUAUCUUCCCGGGCGAAUGAACAAAGAAUGCAGCAUCUGUCGCAGCGGCAGCGACCUGCUCGACAUCAAAAUAACUGGUUUCUAGAAGAUGUAAUUUAGGUGCAUCCCAUGCCUACCAUGGGCGUUUUGAAACAAUCUAUAGAUACACAAUCCCAAAAGCAAAGCCAU